UUAAUCGAUCAAGUAAAACAAGCUCAUUUUAUUAUUUAUUUAAAUCUACCCGGUUUCUUUCGGAUGAUCGAUUAGGUAUGGAUAGGUGACAUCAACGGGUCAUGUGACCAGCCCCUAUGACCUUACUCUCGCGAGACUUGACGCGUCUUUCUGCGAGAUCAUCUCACCAAGAAAUCGGAUCCAGAACCAGAAGACAAUCUGCACAUUUCUGCGGCUCUUUGGGUCAUUUCCUGGAAGAACUGGACGUCCUUCUGUCCAACUUCCCUGAAAAUGGCCCCAACUCAUCCUGCUAGGAGCCUUCAACAUCCCGACAGAGAAUGGGUCAUGGAGUCAUCCUCUCACAGCCUCUUCCUGCUGCAGCAGCUUAAUGUCCAGAGAGAGUUUGGGUUCCUGUGCGACUGCACCGUCGCCAUUGGCAACGUCUACUUCAAAGCUCACCGGGCCGUGCUGGCAGCGUUCUCCAACUACUUCAAGAUGAUCUUCAUCCACCAGACCAGUGAGUGCAUAAAGAUCCAGCCCGCCGACAUUCAGCCAGACGUGUUCAGCUACCUGCUGCACAUCAUGUACACCGGGCGCUGCCCCAAGCAGCCGGUGGACCCGAGCCGGCUGCAGGACGGCAUCAAGUUCCUUCACGCCUACCAAUUGUGCCGGAAACACGCCGAGGGCGCCGCAGACUCCGCCGUGGACGACGACAUGGUCCGCAUGUCCAACCUGUACGGGAUCCAAAUCUCAUCUCAGCUUGCCAACAAAGAAGCGGGCGGAGCCUCUGAGACCACCUCCGCGCCUCCCGAGGGCCGGAGCGGGGGCUCCCACCCCCAGCUGGCCCUCGCCGCCGGACUGGAGGGGGUCUCGUCUGCAACGCACAACGUGUGCUCCGUGGCGUCCGGGGAGGACUCAAACAUCACCGCCUGCAUCAAGAAGGAGCGGGUGGAGGAGGAAGAGGAGGAGGAGGACGGCGAGGAGGCGCCCGGGGGGGGGUCUCUGGGUAGCAGCCCCACGCAGGAUCUCCUCUUCAAAGACCGAGCCCUGCUCCUGCUGUGCCCCCGCUGUGGGGAGCGCUGCUCCUCUCCCGAGGACCUGAGGGAUCACCUUUUCAGCCACGCCCUGGACCCGGGGUCACAGGGCGGCGAGCCGGAUACUGGCGGGGAGGAAGGUCCAAAAGAGGUCCGCGAGCCACUAGACGCCGGCUGCCUGGAGGAGGCGCUGAGGCAGAGCCAGGCGUUGGCCAACGAGCUGGCGGCGGAGCUAAGGAGGAGCCGGGGCGGAGGAGGUGGGGCCAUCAGCCCCCCCCUCGCCGUUCCCCACUCCCGCAGGCGUAAGAUCGCCUGCGCCGUGUGCAGCCUGCGCUUCUCCCACAAGAGCCAACUGCAGGAGCACAUGUACGCCCACACCGGCAGGCCGGCCCGCUACCACCGCUACAACCGCCUCUGCAGCCAGCUCUUCCAGGCCUCCGCCCACUUCUGCGAGGGCAGGACCGAGCCCGGGGGCGGAGCCUCAUCCGGCGGCGGCGCCCCACUCCCCGAGGAGGUCAACAGGGACCAUCAGGACAACGGCAGCUCCUGCUACUCGCUGGACUCCGAGGUCUCCCAGGAGAGCGUGGACGGCGUGCCGGUGGAGUGAUGUCAUCGGCCUGCUGGUACCUGCGCUGGGAUCAGAAACUCAAUCUACAAUAUUCAUAGGAAAGCAACUCUGUGGCUUCUUGGGACUAUUUGUGUUUUCCUACGAUUCAUCACUUUGGGCUUUUUUGUGAUCAAACAGAUGAUCAAUAACAACAACUCGUCCCACGUCAUAGGUUUGUAGAAACUUGAUUUUCCACAUUCACCAACGGACAGUGAACGCCUCACUUUAAGUUCAAAAGCUCCGCUAAUGUGAUGAUUAGUUGGGUGUGAAGACGUUUUAAUGUGAAAAGACGCAGCAGUGCCUUCCUGAAGUUGUAUGUGUUGUUUCCAUGACAAUCUGAAGAGUAAAAUAUCAAUAUUAUUGAUCAGUGCUUCAUUAUUCUUAUCAGAACGUUCAUUAAGGGGUAAUGUUUAAAGUGAACAAUAAAACAGGUGCUGAUUCCUUUAUUUUGAAAAGGUGUUGAAAUGAUUACUUAAUUUCUUAAUAAAUCAGUGUUCUCUUCCUUUAACGUCACACAAACAGUCUCCAUUGAUGAAGAGUUGAGAUGUCAUUGAUUAUUGAUGAAUGGAUGCAAGGUUAUUAAUUAUUGAUUGUGAAUGUUCGUUGUGAUCUCGCUGUUAAAUAAAUCAGUGUUUUCUUUUAUACACAAAAGUCUGUUUUUU